UUGGAGCGGCCCUUUUACGAUGAGGAACCGAUGGUUGGCGAUCCCGACUGCUCAGAGGCUGCCUUCAAGCGACCAGCGCUUCGGCGCUGCCCCUUUGACCUGGGCACCAUCUCGUGGAUCGCGCGGCUGGACGGCGGCCUUGACGGCUUUGCGUGGAAGGUCGCGUUUGGCGACCAAGGGCCGUUUGUCCUCAAAGUCUUCUGGGAAACGGAACCGUCGAGAGACUCGGGCUACUACUACCCUUUUCAGCGGGAGUGCCAGAAUGCCGCCCUCCUCGAGAAGAUUGCAGCUGCUGUCAGCCGGGACACUGACAAACUCCCUAUCAAAGUGCAUGCUCAUCCAGCCAGCUUCGAGGACGCCAUGGACAACCUACUGGCCUUCUCCGCCGAGGGCCGUCAGAGACAGCAAGUGAAGGACCCUGACGCUUUGCAUAUCUCAUCCAUCCCGCGUACCAAGAAGUGUUACGGCUGGUUGAACAUCGACGGCGAAUACCUAUGCAGCCUUCCGCGGGCAGUCCGCCCAAUACUCGUGAGCCUAGAGAAGCCAUAUGGCGACCGCGAGAUUCGGCCGGAUCAGCGCUACUUUGCGAUCGUGUACGAGUACAUCCCCGAAGGCGAGAACGAUAGAAGCUGCAUGCAAGAGCAGCUUGACUUCCUGUGGCGCGCCGGCUUCGAACUCAUAGAGUCGUUCCGCAAGGAGAACUGGAAGAGCAGUGUGCUUGUGGACCUGUCAGACAUCGUGCCCGUUAUCAGCUACGCCUGG